GAAGAAGCAUCCAGGCCUUAUAGAAUAAUUCCCUAUAGCAGGAACACCAAGUUCACUGGCCGUAAAAGUAUCCUGGACUCGGUAAAAAGCCUCUCCAAGCGUAAUGGCCACAAUCGGAUUGCACUUCUUGGAUUGGGCGGCUCUGGGUAUGCUUCCAUUAAUUCGGUAUCUGAAGAGCCCUCUAACUUUGCUCAGCAAAACCCAGAUCGCGAUCGAAUAUGUUCAUCAGUAUGCGAGUGAGGACAAUUGUGAUAUUUUCUGGGUGCAAGGAAGUGGAGUGUUAAAAUUUAAGGAGGGCUUCAAGGCUAUUGCCCGACAUGUCCGAAUUCCUGUAGCCAGCGCCGAGACGGAAGAGGGAUUCCUAUUGAGUGUCAGGAGAUGGUUUGAGGGUGCAGAUAGUGGCGAUUGGAUUCUAGUUAUCGACAAUGCUGAUAACGAGGAGGACUUUGUUGGGAACAACAGCCACAUCGCUAAGUUUGUGCCUCAAGGCCCCCGAGGUACUCUUAUAUUCACCACCAGAUCUCGUCAGGUCGCAUCCCGCCAGGAUUGCGAAAGGAUCGAGGUGGGAAAAAUGGAGGAAGAUGAAGCGCGAGACUUGUUUUCGAGACACUAUGGUAGCGGGGGAAAUUUGAGGGAUGGUGAAGAAGAGGUUGUUUCCAUGAUCUUAGGUUCGGUGGGCCAAUUGCCGCUAGCUGUGGUAGGAUCCGCAGCUUUCAUGGAUGAGACCGAAACCCCACCCCGCGACUACUGGACCAUUUUCCGGGAUAGCGAUAAGGGAAGAACGAAGCUACUUUCACAGAAUUUCAGCGAUAUCCGCCGCGAUGUGGACAUGACAGAAAGUAUUUUGAGCACCUACUUCAUCACCUUUGACCGAAUUACAGAACAGAUGCCGACCGCCGGUGGCCUCCUACGGCUGAUCGCGUUCUUUGAUCGUCAAAAUAUACCCGAGCAGCUCCUGCGAGAAUCAGGCAUUGAAGGGGUAGAUGAUCCGGUUGGAUUCCGUCUGGCUGUUGGAAAACUAUCCGGCUUCUCAUUAGUGACUACUACCAAGCGUGAAGACAAAACAUUUUAUGAGCUCCAUCGUUUAGUCCAGCUAUCGAUACAGGCCUAUUUAUCGCCGGGAGAGUGGAAUAAAUGGCGUACCACCGCAUUGCGAGUCAUCUCCCGGAUCUUCCCGAAAUAUGAGCACGAGCUGCGGAAUAUCUGCGAUGCAUAUAUUCCACACGCACUUGCGGUAACUGAUGGUUCAACGGAUAUUAUUGCGGAAGACCUUUGCUUCCGUAUGGCAGAGUGGUUUCUACAUUUGGGUUCCUACGACCGCGCAGAAGUACAAAUCCGUCGAUGUAUCCGGUUACGCGAGGAGAAUAAAGAGCAAGGCUGCGAUGAGAGUCAUGGGAGACUUAUGUUAUUGGGACGGGUGAGCGCAUGUCAAGGAAAGGCUUGGGAGGCAAAGAAGAUACUGCAGAGUGUACUGGAGGAGCUUCUCAUGGGGUCAUUGGGGCCAAACGACCCGGAGGCAGUGGCAUGCCUAUCCUAUCUGGGAAGUGUGAUGAGUGAUCUCGGAAAGUACAGCGAAUCAGAGAUGAUGAAUCGGCGUGCAUUGGAGCAGCGUGAGAAGGUUCUUGGACCUGACCACCAAGACACCCUAACAAGUGCCAUCAACCUAGCUCUGGCGCUGCAAUACCAAGGGAAGUUCAAAGAAUCAGAGGCGAUUAAUCGGCGGGCACUGGAGUGGCACGAAAAGACACUUGGACGACACCACCCCAACACUUUAACAAGUUUCAAUAGCCUGGCCGCAGUGCUGGAACUGCAAGGAAAGUACGCUGAAUCCGAGAUGCUGCAUCGACGCGCAUUGGAGUUGCGUGACGAGGUUCUCGGACCUGACCACCCCGAUACCCUG